CUUCUCCUACCGCCACGCUCACCACUCUCUCAACCACCCUGCCCACACUCUCCCCAAGCCCCGCUCUCCCAUCCUCCUGCACUUCCCCGCCGCUGCAGUUCACGUCGUCCCUCGCGCCGUUGGUGGCCUUUGCGUAGAAGUUGUAGUUGUCGUAGCGCAGGAAGCAGCCGUCCAGGUAGAUGCGCACCACCACCGAGGGGAGGCACCGUGACAGCUUUGUCCAGCUGGCCAAGUAGCAGAGUAGAUAGACAAGAAUGGCUACCAAGUAUUCGAUUUCCCGGAAAUUGAAUUUCGACAACCCACGAUGGCCAAGGCACACACAAGGAAGGCUCUUGCUGUGGCAGUGCAUAACGGACUCGUUUUUCUCGUUGGGGUUAAAGUUAAAGUCACAGUUAAAACUGGGAAACACCAAAAGCAUGCAAGCCUCAUCGAUCUGUGUAGCCAAGUUUCCGAUUCGCGUAAGAUCGCAACACCGAACAGAGAAAAAGGACUCCAUAGCCAUGGCCGAUUCCACCCUCCCCAAGUGGGCCCAGAAAACCGUUUCUUUGCCUCCUCUCAGGCGCGGCUGUCACCUCGUCACUUCCAAGAUAGUCAAAGAAAUUGAACAAGACCUCUCCGGAUUCAAGUGCGGCCUUGCUCAUCUUUUCUUGCAGCACACCAGUGCUUCGCUCACCAUCAAUGAGAAUUACGACACUGAUGUCCGCGAUGAUACCGAAACCUUCCUCAAUCGGAUUGUUCCCGAGGGGUCAUCUGCUCCAUGGAAGCAUACUCUAGAGGGGCCAGAUGACAUGCCGGCUCAUAUUAAAUCGUCAAUGUUUGGUUGUGCACUCACGGUACCAAUUACAAAUGGGAAGCUUAAUAUGGGGACGUGGCAGGGUAUAUGGCUGUGCGAGCAUAGGGAUCAUCCAACCUCACGAAGAGUUGUUGUCACUCUUAAUGGGAUAUGAGGUGCUUGGAUCUGUUUGCUUUACGAUCAAGACAAACUCACUUUGUAACUUUGUAGCAGGAUGUGUGCUAUAGAUUUACCUCUUUUUCCGAUGUAAUGUGAGUACCUUGAUAUGGAUGUAACAGCGAAUAGCAUUAUGACCAUUUAAUGCAUAUAAGCAUUUCAAAUAUUUUUAUUAGGACAAA